CGCUUCACACGCACCGAAUCCCGCCCCGAUCGCGAGACCAUCCUCAGACACACUCGGACUCGGAGUGAUGAGGAGCAGAUGAAGAAGAUGAAGGUGAUGAAGCUGAGGAUCUGAUGAGCGCUUGGACUCAGCAGAGGUUCGUGUUCGUCCACAGAGUAUGUCACCAUGAACCUGACGCUGAGCGCCGAGCCCGGAUCAUUCCUGACCAACAGCUCUCCAGGGAUGCGGGCCAAUCCCGUCACAGCGUUCGUACCAUGUGAUGUAAACACCGUCAACGAUUCGCUCCUCAUGCAUGGCUCCAAUCUGACCGUCAAUGCCACUCUGGAGUCACCAGAAUCGCUCGGUGGACACAACAUCUGGCAGAUCGUGAUGAUCGUGUUCCUGUGCGGCUCGCUGUCCUUAGUCACCAUCACCGGCAACAUCCUGGUCCUGGUGUCCUUUAAAGUCAACAAGCAGCUGAAGACGGUGAAUAACUAUUAUUUGCUCAGCCUGGCGUUCGCAGACCUCAUCAUCGGGGUGCUUUCGAUGAACCUCUACACUACGUAUAUAAUCAUGGACCACUGGGCGCUGGGGAACUGGGCGUGCGAUCUGUGGCUAGCGGUCGAUUACGUCGCUAGCAAUGCUUCAGUGAUGAACCUGCUGGUCAUCAGCUUCGACAGGUACUUCUCCGUCACGCGUCCGCUGACGUACAGAGCCAAACGCACCACGAAGAGAGCCAUGACCAUGAUCGGUCUUGCCUGGUCCAUUUCCUUCAUCCUCUGGGCACCAGCUAUCCUCUUCUGGCAGUAUUUCGUCGGGGAGCGGACGGUUCCUCCAGGAGAAUGCUACAUCCAGUUCCUCUCUGAGCCGAUCACCACUUUCUGCACAGCCAUCGCUGCUUUCUAUCUGCCUGUCACCAUCAUGACCGUCCUCUACUGGCGGAUCUACAAGGAGACGGAGAACCGCUCCAAAGAGCUGGCUGGACUCAAGGGUUCGGGGAACCAAGGGAGUCCGGAGGAACCCGUGGGGAAUCCGGGAAGCUCCUGCAGUCACAGCAGUUCGGAGCUCCACUCGUCCAGCCAGAGAAGCUCUGGGAGAACCAGGACCGGACGGUUUGGGUUCUGGCCGUUGAGUUGUAAAGCUUGGAAGGGUCGCAGCGGCGACUCGGACAGCUGGAAUAACAACGAAACCACCGUGUCCAUUGACCAGUCGGAUCAAGAGGAGGAAGAGGACGGAGAAGACGCCCGAGCCGUGUACUCCAUCUCCGAGAAUCACCACCCAACUGAAGACGCCGCGAGACCGUCCAGAAAGGGAUUGUCCGGUCACACCAAAACAUCUGUGAGCUCCAAAGAUCAACCCAACGCCAGCAUCUCCCUCAAAGACUCGGCGCUCGCCAAACGCUUCGCCUCGAAGGCCAAGACGCAGGUCAACAAGCGCAAGAAGAUCUCUCUGGUGAAAGAGAAGAAAGCAGCGCAGACGCUGAGCGCCAUCCUCCUGGCCUUCAUCAUCACGUGGACGCCGUACAACAUCAUGGUCCUGGUGAACACCUUCUGUGACGAGUGCAUCCCCGAGACGCUGUGGGCUCUGGGAUACUGGCUGUGUUACGUCAACAGCACAGUUAACCCCAUGUGUUACGCGCUCUGCAACAAGACCUUUCGCACCACCUUCAGAUCCAUCCUGCUGUGUCAGUGGAGUCAGAACAAACCCAACAAGCCUCGGCUCCAGCAGAGACAGCCAGCGGCCACCUUCCGGAAACAGAGUCCUGCAGAUCUCUAGAGACGUUUGGAGGAACUGCAUCGCUUCUGAAGGGCUGUUGAGUUUGUACUGUGUUCAUGUUCGUGGGAGCCUCAGUUAGACUGUGUGACUACAUCCACAAAAAAACCUACAGGAACGAGACAAUUCCUGCGUUUCCUACUGAAGUGAAGGGUCAGCUGGGACAUGCAGUAUUUAAGGGCUCAUUUGUCCAACCCUACAGUAUUUUCUCACAAUUUUGACUCGUAAUGUACAUUGAAAUUCUGAUUCAUCUGGACACUAAAGAUAUUUUGAUGGUAGCCUUUGACAGCCAUAGUAUGAAAAUAUGUAAAGUCAUGGCCAAAAAUAUUGGCACCCUUGGGAAAUCAAUUGAUUAGAGAAAAACAUUAAUUUCAUAAUGACAUUUCCCCCCAUUUUAAAUUCUUAUUAUCCAAUGAAAAGAUACAUUUUUGUGUAUUUUUUAAAUAAAAGAUCAAAAGGAUUAACAAUGCACAUUAAUUUUCCCAGCCGCCUUUGAUCAUAUUUACCAAGGGUGCCAAUACUUUUGGCCAUAACUGUAUAUAUAUACUAUGGUCAAUGGCUACCAUCAAGUGUUUGUUUAAUUUAUCCCUAUUCACUUUCCCAGAUCAUGUUUACGUGUUUCAUCAGGGUUUAUGGUGGAUGUUGUGGUACUCUGUGGUUUCUACUUUAAGAAAAUGAGUUUGAUUUCACCCUCAUUAAUGUUUUAAAUAUAUAUUUCCACUCUAAGUCAAGUGCACAUUACAAGACUCAAACACUUUAUGUUUUAACACUUUAUUUGAAUAGUCCACUUUAGACUUAGACUAACGAAUGAUUAUUCAGUAAUGUUUUUAACGUUUUAUUUUGAUUGUACUAUUAAAAUUAGUUCCUUAUUUUAACUUGAUACUUUUAUGAUUUAAUUCAUUAUUUGCUUUUCAUCAACUCACAACUUUUUUUUUUUUUUUUCAUGAAACCCAUUUUGAAAAUCCAGGAGUAAAAUCCAGGAGUAAUGUAGUGUUGAAUACUCUUUAGAUGUUGACAUCAAAGAAUGGAAUAUAUUUUCUAACGAGUUAUGAUGUAGUUGCAAAGUUACUUCUAGUUAGUCAAAUGUCUGAAGUGGACGAUUGAAAUAAAGUGUGACAUCCAAGAAAAAUCUCCAGACUGCAACCUGAAGUUGUCAUUUCUAAUGCAGAAACAUGUACUGGUUUACAGUAAGUACUGAAGUAUAAUUAAAUAGGGAAAUGUUUUAAUUCUAGAUUGUUGUGUAAAAUGUUCCCACACAGUAACGUACGAUUCCUCUGUACUUUUAAACCCCUGAGAGCAGAAUGAGCCGAUAAAACAUGGAGAUGGUGAAGCAGUGCCAGCGGAGGGCGAGGCCGUGAGAAGACCGAGCCAAAAAACCCUGCUGUCCACGUCUCCUGAAACACGCUCCCAUCCCUGGUUUUGGCUUCGUUUUCCUAAUGUAAAAACAGGUGCAGAACCUUCUGAGAAGAAUAAACUGAGAACGGGGACGAAAUGACUCACAGUUUCUGUAUCAUAGAGCAGUUGCUCAGUAUGCAUUCAUUUAGUUUGAACUUGCAACGCUGAGGUCAUGGGUUCGAUUCCCAGCAAAUGCAUGAACUGAUCCGGUGUAUACCUUAAAUGCAAUGCAAGUCACUUUGGAUAACAGCAUCUGCCAAAUGCAUAAACGUAAAUGGCUCAAACAGUAGAUCAUGGCUUGCACCAGCGAAUGCAUGAACAGACAAAAUAUAGACCUUGAAUGCAAUGGAUUUGCCAUAAAUAUAAAUGUGUGUGAACCCACACAUCCAAAAACACGAAGCUGUGAGUGUCCUUCUGUAGUGUGCACUUGGCCAGUUGAACUGUAAGGUCGUGACCUCACUACACAAAUGCUGCUUUUGCAACGACAUUUGAUCCUUCUCUUUAUAUUUCUACAGCAAAAUAAUCAGUGUAAAAACUAUUUCAAACCGUUUGGGAGUGUCUGUGAAAAAAAAAAAAAACUAAAAGUGGAGGGAAAUGAUCACGUAUUGAAUUCUUCUUUUAUUAGUGAAGAGUGAUAUUUUAUUAUUGUGUUCUAUGCAUAUCUGGUUGUUUCUGUCAGAUUAUGUAGUUCAGAUAGUUUCUGACCAGGAAGCCAAGAUGGAGUGGUGUUUGAUUACAAAUGAAUAAAUAUGGUGUUUUAAUAUGUUUAGAAGACAUUGUGCCCUCAAAAACAUGUAAAGACUGUGAAAAUAAGCUGAGAUCUCUGAUCAUGACGGAGGAUUUUUUUUGAUUAUUAUUAUUAUUAUUAUUUAUUUUUUUAAACAGGAUCUCAGAUCGAAUGUAGAGUCACACCCCCCUCUAGUGGUCGUAAUAA